ACGUUCGACUCAGUUGGCCGUUAACGCGGACGAGACCUCUAGCCUUCUUUUACAUAUAUAUCUAUGGUAAUGCAAAACACACGCGCGUACCGCGGAAAACGUGCGCGUUGGCUGUGUUGUUUUGCAGGUUUCAGCUGGCUCUCCUGCAGUCGGCACUCCCUUAAUGUCACUACAUCGGCGCACCCAGCAGGCGUGACGUUAACUUCUUUUGCUUUGUCACUUCACGUCGUUCUGCUGUAGAAACCUCGCGACUUCGGAUAUUUACAAGAGGAAACCUCAGUAACUCUGUCGCGUGGACAUCCAUCCUCAGAGGUAUGAUGGCGAGCUGCUGUGGUCUGCUAACCUCUCAGAAGGAACCAGUUCCUCUGAAGAGCGUGGAGGUGGAGCUGGAGGUCAGGGACCAUGUGGCUACAGUGGUCUCCACUCUGAACUACCAGAACCAGGAGGACAAACCCCUGGAGGCCGUCUUUGUCUUCCCUCUGCCUGGAGAUGCUGCCGUCUGUCAUUUCAGCGCUAAGGUCGGACAGACGGAGAUUGUGGCGGAGGUGAAGGAGAAACAGGAGGCCCGUGAGGAGUAUGACGACGCUCUGAGCUCCGGUCGGCAGGCCUUCCUGUUGGAGGAGAGCGAGCAGAGUCCAGAUAUAUUCUCCCUGAGUGUGGGCAGUCUGCCUCCAGGAGAGAGCGCCUCCAUCAGGCUGGAGUACGUCACUGAGCUGGCUGUGCAGGCCGAUGAAGGGCUGAGGUUUCUCCUGCCCGCUGUGCUCAACCCUCGCUACCAACCUCAGGGGAGCGUUGGCAGUGAAGGGGUCAACGUCCAGGUGACCUCGGUUCCAGCCUCUCUGGUGCCCUACACUCUGUCCUUCUCUGCCCGAGUGUCCUCUCCUCGUCCCGUCUCUAAAGUAGAGUCCAGCUCUCCCCUGGACCCUCUGCAGUACCUCAACACAGAGCAAACCCAGGCCACGGUCAAGUUGGCUGCAGGACACAAGUUUGACAGAGAUGUUGAACUGCUGAUUUAUUACAAAGACGCCCACCAGCCCUCUGCUGUGGUGGAGGCAGGACGGGCCUCUUCACAGCCUGGCUCUCUGAUGGGUGAUCCAGUAGUGAUGCUGAGCCUUUACCCAGAGUUCCCCCAAGCUGUGAUGUCCUCAGUGGCUUCAUGUGGAGAGUUUGUCUUCUUAUUGGAUCGAUCUGGCAGUAUGGGAGGAGAACGUAUAAAGAAUGCCAGGGACACUCUGCUGCUCCUGUUGAAGAGCGUACCGCUCGGCUGCUAUUUCAACAUCUACAGUUUCGGGUCCAGCUUUGAACACAUUUUCCCUAAGAGUGAAGAGUACAACCAGAAGACCAUGGAAGAGGCUCUGAAGAAAGUGGAAAAGAUGGAGGCUGAUCUGGGAGGAACUGAGAUCCUUGAGCCACUCAAACACAUUUACAGACAGCCCUCCAUUCCCAGUCAACCUCGACAAGUAUUUGUCUUUACUGACGGAGAGGUGGGGAACACAAAAGAAGUCAUUAAUCUGGUGAAGCAAAAUUCAGCUUCCCACAGGUGCUUCUCUUUUGGGAUUGGGGAAGGGGCCAGUUCUGCUCUCAUCAACGGGUUGGCCAAAGAAGGAGGAGGCCACGCUCAGUUCAUCACAGGGACCGACAGGAUGCAACCCAAAGUGAUGCAGUCAAUGCGGUUCGCUCUGCAACCGUCUGUGGUGGACGUCUCAGUCAAGUGGGACCUGCCGAGCGGAGUCUCUGUCACCGCUCUCUCUCCACCGAUCGCAGCACUUUUCCAGGGUCAAAGGUCACUGGUUUACGCCCAGUUCACUGGACAGAGUUUUGAGGCGUCAGAGGGCUGUGUGACGGUGGCGUACAGCCUGGCAGGUCAUCCCUCUCAGACCCAGCUCCACUUCAGUCUCAAGUCUGCAAAGGACUCUGGACUAACGAUCCACAGGUUGGCCGCUCGGACCUUGAUCCGCUCGCUGGAGAUGGAGGAGAGCGAGCGUGGAGGACAGGAAGACUCAGGAGGGAAGAAGAAGGUGGUGGAGCUCAGCGUCCAAUCAGGAGUGAGCAGUGCCUUCACCGCCUUCAUCGCCGUCAAUAAAUCCAACAGCGAAGCUAUUCAAGGACCUCUGGUGCGCCGAAUGGUUCCAGCACCCAGGGUAUUGAACAUGUUCUGCAUCCCUCAGCCCUGUUCAUUGAUGAGUCCGAUGUCUUGUGAUAUGGCGCAGCUUCCUCAGAUGUCACCUAAAAGGGGGGCUCCCCUCGUUCAAAAGUCCUGUAAGAUGAAGAGGUCAGGAAACGCAAACAAAACAAACACGAAGGAAAGUAGCAGACCACAGCGCAUAAGUAGCGAAAGCUCUCAGCCCAAACAGCCCCCCAGAGACCCUUUGCUGCAGCUGGUCUCCCUGCAGGAGGCGUCUGGCUGCUGGGUGCUGGAUCCACAUCUGGCUGCUGCACUGGGAAAGACCAGCGAGGAGGUGGAGAAGCCCAAGCCUGCAUCGGUGAAGCAGGACGUGUGGGCCACCAUUCUGGCUCUGAUCUGGCUUCAUGGUUUCAAGAUGGAUGCUCAGGAGGAGUGGGAGCUUCUGGCUAUGAAGGCUGUGUCCUGGCUCCGAGCUCAGAAAGCUUCAGGGGUGACGGAGUGUGUGGAAGCAGGAAAUGCUCUGUUGGGUUGCAACGUGCAGAAAGACGCCGUGGGGCUCUGAGGUGUUCAUUGAAGGAGCUUCUACUGCAGGAUUGGAUCAAUGUGACUCCAUACUGACACCUUUACCUUACAAACAAUGCACUUUUAAAGCUCCCCAUGAGUUGUGUGGCUAUUUGCUUAGGCCCUUGGUACACAGAUGUUGAUGAUUAUAUUAUGAAUGGACCAACUACCUCAUCCUUCAUACCAGUUAUACGGCUAUAAAUACUCCCUCACUUGGUCUUUUCCUGCCAUCUAGUGGUUUGAAUGUGUACAAUUUCCAUCACAAAAACAUAUACAUACAUAAACUGAAAGAGUUUUAGCUUCAUGUGAUGCUUCCUGCUGUCUUUACCUGCCGUCAAAGGUCCAUCACUAUUGCACCUGUAAUGAUAGUGAUUGGGGACCAAAUCCAGUCUUUGCUUCAUAAAAUACUAUUAAAGGAUAUCUGAGU